AUGUCGGUGGGCGUCCCCGACUGGGCCCCGCCAAGGGAUCGGAUCGGCGCCGCGUACAUCAGCUUCGUGCUGCUGGGCGCCGGCGUGCUGGCGCCCUGGAACGCCUUCAUAACCGCGGUGGACUAUUUCGCGGAGGUUUACCCGGGGGGACACAUGGACCGCAAAAUCACCGUGUGCUACAUGCCGGCGAUGCUGAUCACAAUGCUGGUUGUGAUUCGUUUCCACACAAUGUUGUCGAGCCGGCUUCGGAUGAUCGUGGGAUUUGCUGGGUUCACCGUCUUGCUGAUGGCGGUUCCAGUGGUGGAUGCGCUAUUCGUCAAGGAAUCGUCAGCCCCGCCCAUCGCCCAGGCAUUGACGUUAGCGGCUGUUUGUGGUACGGGAAUUCUUGAUGGGCUUGCACAGGGGGCUGUUCUUGGCGACGCAGCAUAUCUGCCAGCAAAAUACCAGCAGGCAUUUGCGAGCGGGACAGCUGUUUCGGGCGUGUUGAUAUCCCUGUUGCGCAUCUUCACAAAACUCGGCUUUGGGGACAGUUGGCUGGGCCUCAGGCGGAGCACCAUGCUGUACUUUAUUGCCGCCCUCGCCGUGACGUCCCUCUGCCUGUUCCUGGCGGCUUACGUCGUUCCCAGGCUCCCAACUGUGCUCUACUACCGCGACCUGGCAAGGCUGCGCGCGUAUGGGUCAGGCGUGCUUCCAGAGCAACUGAAACUGGGAGGCGAACUCGAUGUUGCCAGCUAUGAUGAGGAUGACGAGGAGUCAAGCAUGUCCUCCAUGGAAGGGAGCCACAAGAGGGCGGUGGGCACAAAGUUGGCCAGCAUGGAGGAGACAGCUACUGUCAUUGCUUUGGCGGAACGUGGCCAGAAAAUGGCACAUGGCGCACAGGUGAACAGUGCCGACGAGGAGGACGACAGCGCGGCGCUGGUGCAGGGAAGUCGAAAGAAAACGGACUACCUGCAGCUGGCCUACAAAAUGAGGCAUCACUUAAUUGGGCUGGUCACCGUGUACACCGUCACGCUCACCAUAUUCCCUGGAGUGGUGGCGGAGGACGUCCACUCCGGCAGCUUGGGAGAUUGGUACAACGUUCUCCUCGUCACAGCCUUCAAUUUCGCCGACCUGGCCGGCAAGACGCUCCCCGCCUUCACGCCCGUGAUUCGGGCCCGAAGAAAAUUCGUGGCGUGGAGCGGCGCCCGGGUGGUCUUCCUGCCCCUCUUCUACGCCGCCGUGAUGAUCUUUCCCGACGGGCACCCCGGCGUGAUGACCCUGCUGGUGGUCGUGCUGGGGCUGUCCAAUGGUUUCGUCACCACCAACGCCUUCAUGGAAGCGCCUCGGGGGCUGCAGGGCCAGGAGGUCGACCUGGCAGGCAGCCUGCUGGUCCUGGCCCUCUCGAUCGGCCUCCUGAUCGGGGCCGGCGGCGGCUGGCUGUGGCUGCUCGUGGAGAGUGUGUAA